UGAAAGCACCUGGUCACUCCGCUGCUUACUACUAUGCAGCAACCAUGCAAGUAGAGCUGACGCUAUCUCCUUCCUCCUUCCUUCCUUCCUCGCCAUUCGCCAGACCCUCCUUCAUCACCAGCAAAGCUCAACGCCCUCCAAUCUCCCUCGCCCUCUCCGCACCCUCAGCUUCUUCUUCUUCUUCAGCAGGCAACAAGGAUGUGUGGCGCAGAACCCCGCAGCCUCGGCACCGGGCACCCACCUUCCGGCGGUCGGAGUCGCCCCACCUCGACCACAGCAUCGACAUGGACGACCUGGUCUCCUCCAUCUCCCAGACCCGCGACGAGCGGGAGCUCUUCUCCCUCCUCUCCCCUUACAAGGGGCGCCAGCUCUCCAUCCGCUUCAUGGUCUCCCUCCUCUCCCGCGAGCGCGACUGGCGGCGCUCCCUCGCCCUCCUCGACUGGAUCAACGAGGAGGCCCGCUACACCCCCUCGGUGUUCGCCUACAACGUCGCCACCCGCAACGCCCUCUGCGCCAGGCAGUGGGCCGUCGCCCACGGCCUGUUCGAGGAAAUGCGCCAGAGGGGCCUCGCGCCCGACCGGUACACUUACUCGACGCUGAUCACGCAUUUUGGCAAGGCCGCCAUGUUCGACUCCGCGCUCUCUUGGCUCCAGAGGAUGGAGCAGGACCGCGUGUCGGGCGACCUUGUUCUGUACAGUAACUUGAUCGAGCUGUCGCGGAAGCUGGGCGACUACUCGAAGGCGAUCUCGAUCUUCUCGAGGCUGAAGAAUUCGGGGAUAAUGCCGGACCUCGUCGCGUAUAAUACCAUGAUUCACGUGUUCGGUAAAGCUAAGCUUUUUCGCGAGGCCCGGCUUCUUCUUGAGGAGAUGCGGGAAGCGGAUGUUAUGCCGGAUACUGUCAGUUAUUCGACGUUGCUCUGUUUAUACGUGGAGAAUCAGAAGUUUGUGGAGGCAUUGUCUGUGUUUUCUGAGAUGAACGAGGUUAAGUGCCCUCUCGAUCUCACGACGUGCAACAUUAUGAUUGAUGUCUAUGGUCAGCUCGAUAUGGCUAAGGAAGCGGAUAGGCUGUUUUGGAGCAUGAGGAAGAUGUUAAUUGAACCAAAUGUUGUUAGUUAUAAUACGCUUUUGAGGGUGUAUGGUGAGGCUGAACUCUUUGGCGAAGCCAUUCAUCUGUUUCGACUGAUGCAGAGGAAGGAUAUUGAGCAGAAUGUUGUUACCUACAAUACUAUGAUAAAGAUAUAUGGAAAAUCUCUCGAGCAUGAGAAGGCGACAAAUCUGGUCCAGGAAAUGCAGAAUAUAGGAAUCGAACCGAAUGCAAUUACUUACUCGACAAUAAUUGCGAUAUGGGGCAAGGCAGGAAAAUUAGACCGUGCAGCGACAUUGUUUCAAAAGCUGAGGAGCUCGGGGGUUGAGAUUGAUCAGGUGCUUUAUCAGACCAUGAUUGUGGCUUAUGAAAGGGCCGGUUUGGUUGGUCAUGCGAAGCGAUUACUCCAUGAGCUUAGGCGCCCAGACAAUAUCCCCAGAGAGACCGCAAUAAAAAUUCUUGCUAGAGCUGGUCGCUUAGAGGAGGCCACUUGGGUUUUCCGCCAAGGUUUUGAUGCAGGAGAGGUAAAGGAUAUAGCAGUAUUUGGCUGCAUGAUCGAGCUCCUUUCAAGGAAUAGAAAGUACGCCAACGUCAUCGAGGUGUUUGAUAAGAUGAGACUGGCUGGGUACUUUCCUGAUUCCAAUGUCAUUGCUAUCAUCCUAAAUGCUUAUGGGAAGUUGCGUGACUUUGAAAAGGCAGAUGCAGUUUACAUGGAGAUGCAGGAAGAGGGAUGCGUUUUCUCAGAUGAAGUUCAUUUCCAGAUGCUCAGUCUCUACGGUGCAAGAAAGGACUUUGCGACGGUAGAGUCUCUCUUUCAGAGACUUGACUCUGAUCAGAACAUUAACAAGAAGGAGUUGCAUCUUGUUGUGGCAAGUAUAUACGAGAGAGCAAAUAGACUCAAUGAUGCAUCCAGAAUCAUGAACAGGUUGAAUGAGAGGCGUAUCAUCAGAUGACAAUUUUAAAAAUAGCUAAGGUAGUUAGCUCCAUAGAAUUUCACUUGCCUAGCGAGAAGGAAAAAAAA